AUAUGUCCGGAUCUCACAUCGGUGUCUACUUCGCUUUGGCAUGGAUUUGCCUGGGCACAAUCGGACAGAGUGCUCCUGCGGACCCAGCGGAGGUUACCGACUUCUAUCGGUUGUUCAACAAUCCCGAUGCGCAUCUGUCCUUGGCCACUGCACCCACCACGCUCGAUUACAUCACGGAGCACGGCUAUCCAGCGGAGCGGCACUAUGUGACCACCGAAGAUGGCUACAUAGUCAGCGUCUUCCGCAUUCCCUACUCGCACAACCUGCAGAACGAGGACCAGCAGCGUCCCAUCGCCUUUAUCCAGCACGGACUGUUCGGCAGCUCCGAUGGCUGGCCCAGCCUGGGCCCCGACGAUGCCCUUCCCUUCCUGCUCUCGGAUGCCGGCUACGAUGUCUGGAUGGGAAAUGCUCGGGGUAAUCGCUACUCCAAGAAUCACACUUCCCUCUCCACGAAGCAUCCGAACUUCUGGCGGUUCAGCUGGCACGAAAUUGGUUACUUCGACAUCGCCGCUGCCAUCGACUACACGCUCGCCACGGAGAACGGCAAGGGACAGAGGGGCAUCCACUAUGUGGGCCACUCGCAGGGCACAACGGUUUUAUUCGCUUUGCUGUCUUCGCGGCCGGAGUAUAAUGCCAAGAUCAAGACAGCUCACAUGCUGGCCCCGGUGGCCUUUAUGGAUCACAUGGAUGAUUUCAUGGUGAACAGCUUGUCCCCCUAUCUGGGAUUCAACAAUGCCUACUCGCGGCUCUUCUGCUCCCAGGAGUUCCUGCCCCACAAUGACUUUGUUCUGGCGCUGAUGUACAACGUUUGCCGUCCUGAAUCUGUGGUCUCUGGUUUCUGCAGCAGCAGCAGCAGCAGCAGCAGCGAUGAUGAUACAUCCAAAGAAGGACGAACCAAUACGACCGCUUCAUCUUUGCUGGCUGGUGCCUUUCCCGCUGGCGUCUCAACCGACCAGAUUCUGCACUACAUGCAGGAACACCAGUCCGGACACUUUCGCCAGUUCGACUUCGGCACAAAGAGGAAUCAGAAAUUUUACGGCACGAAUACACCCGCUGAUUAUGCCACCGAGCAGAUCACGUGUGAAAUGCACAUGUGGUACUCGGACAACGAUGAGAUGGCCGCCGUGGAGGAUGUUCUCCGCCUGAGCGUGACAAUUCCCAACGCAGAGAUGCAUCAUAUGGAGGAUCCGCUGUGGGAUCAUGGGGACUUUGCCAUGAACUGGCAAGUGCGCCAGUACAUCAAUGAUCCAAUUAUCGCCAUCAUGAGUGCACACGAAGCAGAAAACCCACAGUGAUAAUGGAUUAAAUAUUUUAUUAAAUAUUUUAGUUAGUUUUAGCUAUUAAUAUAAAUCAGAAUAAAUGCAAUCUUAUCAUGAACUGAACGGAUAUGCCUCUUAGACACCCACAAGUAGAUCCACUUCUAAGGUGAACAAGGUCUUGCUUCCACAUAAAUAUUUCAUUCAUUGGAUCAUAACCGACUUAACCGGCUUUUCUAAUCAAAUAGUAAUUUUUGCAUUAGAAAGUACAUGCCGUAAAGUUUAUAGGUAGUUGCCUUUGCAUCCCCCCUAAAAAUCUAUAAAUUGCUCACUAAUCUAUAAUAACAACAACAACUUUCGAUGGGGGGUAUUUUCUGUGGAUUAUCACACGACUCUUCAAGUGGCUUUAAUUGCCGAUAAGUACGCGAAGGUGACGCAAGUAAUUCUUCGAAAAAUGUACACAAUUUUCGGAAUACAUCAAUUAGGAUUUUAGAUUUAUGGCAUAGGCAUAUAUGGUUUUAUUUUGUCAGUUUACAUAGUACCCAAUAAUACUCUGAGGGUU